GGUCAUCGAUACAUCCUGCCGAGAUGCUUUUGUUUUGAAGGGCUGGUCCUGUGUGGAGUAACUCCAACUGCUUCAGGCGUCAACGGUAACAUCAGUACGAGAGGACAGCUCAGACUACUGGAGCUCAACCAGCUUAUUGUCACACUAAUUCACCAGGUCCCACCAUGCGUAGCGCGUAUCUCUUCCUGAUACCCGCGCUGCUGCUCCUCUUGGACCUUCCAAUCUCCAAGGGACGCUACAAUGAUGACUUUGACGAUGGCGAGGACCUAGCAGAGUUUGAUGACAAUGACUUUGCUGAGUUUGAGGACAUGAACGAUGAUCAAGCAGCGGAGGCAGAAACCACCCCACCGCCUCGUGCCUCACCGUCCUCGCAGCCUGAAGAGGAUGAAGAUGAAGAUGAAGCCACUGUGGAGCUGGAGGAUGGGCUGGAUGGCUUUGACGACUCAGAGACACAGGAUCAAGACAUGUACAGUAAAUAUGACCAGGAGGAGUUUGAGGGGAUUGGAGACAUGGAGAAGCCAGGCCACUCCAUGAAGGACCCCCUCAUAAUCCACACGGUUCCUGCACAUCUGCAGAACAGCUGGGAGAGUUACUACAUGGAGAUCCUGAUGGUCACCGGCCUGUUGGCCUACAUCAUGAACUACAUCAUUGGCAAGAACAAGAACAGUCGCCUCGCUCAGGCCUGGUUCAACUCACACAGGGAGCUUCUAGAGAGCAACUUUGCACUAGUGGGUGAUGACGGCACAAGUAAAGAACCAGUGAGCACGGGGAAGCUGAAUCAGGAAAAUGAGCACAUCUACAACCUGUGGUGCUCCGGACGUGUCUGCUGUGAAGGCAUGCUGAUCCAGCUCAAGUUUCUGAAGAGGCAGGACCUGCUCAACGUUCUGGCCAGGAUGAUGAGGCCCGCUGGUGAUCAAGUGCAAAUCAAAGUGACUCUUAAUGAAGAGGACAUGGACACUUUUGUGUUUGCUGUUGGCACUAAGAAGGCGAUGGCCAGGCUUCAGAAGGAGAUGCAGGACUUGAGUGAGUUCUGCGGUGACAAGCCCAAGUCUGGGGCCAAGUAUGGGCUCCCAGAAUCCCUGGCUAUUCUUAGUGAGAUGGGCGAGGUCACAGAUGGGGUGAUGGACAACAAGAUGGUGCAUUAUGUCACCAAUCAUGCUGACAAGAUCGAGUCCAUCCAUUUCUCGGACCAAUUUUCUGGUCCAAAAGUUAUGCAAGAGGAGGGUCAGCCCUUAAAGCUGCCUGAGACCAAGAAGACGCUGUUGUUUACAUUUAAUGUGCCUGGCAUGGGCAACACCUCUCCCAAAGACAUGGACUCUCUGCUCCCUCUCAUGAACAUGGUGAUCUACAGCAUCGAUAAAGUCAAGAAGCUGCGUCUCAACAGAGAGGGCAAACUGAAAGCUGACCGAAACCGGGCCCGUGUGGAAGAGAACUUCCUGAAGCAGACUCACGCUCAGCGCCAGGAGGCAGCCCAGACACGCCGGGAGGAGAAGAAGAGAGCUGAGAAGGAGAGGAUCAUGAACGAGGAGGACCCCGAGAGACAACGUCGUCUCGAGGAAGCAGCGCAGCGUCGUGAGCAGAAGAAGAUUGAGAAGAAGCAGAUGAAGAUGAAGCAGAUCAAAGUGAAAGCCAUGUGAGAGACGACCACUUUGGAUACAAGCACACAUGAAAGCAGCUCUCAGCUCUCAGUCGCUCUAAACAGACAUCCUGUGCCUCUGGGUGUGUCAAGCUCUGCUGUCUCUGUCACCACCUGCGCCAUUCAGUUUGGCUAAACCCAACUGACUGAGUGAACUGUCCAUGUCAAGUGAGAAGGGACUUUUUCCAUCAUAUCACCGCAAGAUUCACACCAGGAUUUUUUUUUUCUUUUUCUGUCCAGCUAUUUUCUCAGAAUGAAUCAGAGCUUUUUAAACUUCAUCUGCUGGGAAGGAACACACUAUUUGGUGGCAUUUAGCCACAUUUUAAAUAAAGCAUUGCUGUGGUUUCAUUGGAAAUUUAUUAGCAUUAAUAUAAUCUUAAAUGAUACUAUCAAGGAAAUUUUAAUUUAUAUCUGCUACGAGGUUGGUUUCUUGCAAGCUGUUUCUAAUGAAUAUCUGAGCAAACAAUAAAAUGCACUGGAGUCUGUUGGAAAA